UCACGUGAGCCGAAUUUGUCCAAGUCCCGCAAGCCCAAAUAUCAGUUAUCUCCUCCACAGUAACCCUAAAUCUGAAACAACCUUGACUCCGCUCUGCCACGGCUGAGAAAAUAGCGACGCGGAAACACGCCCGUCUUCACGAUCCUGCGAUCCAGCGCGGCGUGUCCAGCGAUUCCGCUCUCCGACGAGUCUGCGCAGGCUCAAGAGUCGCGAGGCCAGCCGCCGGUGAAGAAUCGCGCGAUUCGUCUGGAAAUCGCGAUUCAAGCACGAUUCAUCCCCGAUAAAGAUAUUCAACCACGAUUCAGGAACAAAAACGAGACAACCUCCGAUUCGUAUCGGGAGCAGCUGGAAUCGUAUCGAAUCGUGCGAUACGUAUCGUGAAUAGCAAUUAGUUCAACCGGAAAUUUAAUACGAUGCUAGAGCAAUUAAGCCCACUUUUUUGAAUCUCUAUAAUGGUAUUCCUUUCUGUGUAUGAUCAAAAUCAAAUCAACGUCAACCUCAGGCGCAUGCCAGCAUUGCUCUUGGAAUAAAACGUUGAAAAUGAAGUUUCUUGAUUGGUACCUGAAGAUUGGGGUUGUGUCGGCUCUGGUUGGGGCUUCUAUGGAGUUGUUCAUGAUCAAAACUGGAUUCUAUGACAAAGUAACUGUUUUGGAGUCAGAAAAGCGUGCCUGGGAGAAUUCGCCUGAUGCUCAGGCAAUUAGAGAAGCUCUAAACCCCUGGAGACAGAUUGACACAGAAAAAACAAAGAAGUCCUGACUCAAUUAUGAAUCAUUUUCUUAAAAUCCAUGAGUGAUUUUAAAGAACUCAAAGUGUUAUGUGAGAAUGUGCGGAAAUAAACUAAUAACAUUUGGACUAGCUAUUCUGUUAUGAAAGUGGAUCUGGUAUAUUACCAUCCAACAACCUUGAUUGCUACAUCUUGUCGGCUAGACUCCAAAUCAUGGGCAACUCUGGGAUGGCUCACACAACCUUCAAUUUUGCUAUCUGGCUUUGAGUGUUGAAUUUAUUUUAUUUGACUCUUGAAUAAGUGCGCAGUGUUUUCUUGGUAAUAUGGUACAUAUACAACACUGAGACAAGCACACGUGUGCUAACAUUAUUCUCAACUAAAAAAAAAAAUACAAAUGUUUCUUAAUUUGUUUCCCUGGCUGACA